GCCGGCGGCCGGGCAGGAGCGAGCAGAGGACGCGCGGCCGCCACCGCCGACCGGCCACCGCAGCCCCGCGACAUGGCCGAGGCCUCGGCCCCGGGCCCGGGCCCCGACGACGACCCUGCCGCCGCCUUCCUGGCCCAGCAGGAGAGCGAGAUCGCGGGCAUCGAGAGCGACGUGGGCUUCGGCGCGGCCGUCCCUGCGCCCGGGCCAGUUGGAGCUGAGGACUUGGGGGCUACAGUGAAUGGUGAUGUGUUUCAGGAGGCCAAUGGCCCAGCUGAUGGCUAUGCGGCUGUGGCACAAGCAGAUCGGCUGACACAGGAGCCUGAGAGCAUCCGCAAGUGGCGGGAGGAGCAGAAGAAGCGACUGCAAGAGCUAGAUGCAGCCUCCAAGGUGACGGAGCAAGAGUGGAGGGAAAAGGCCAAGAAAGACCUGGAGGAGUGGAACCAGCGCCAGAGUGAGCAAGUGGAGAAGAACAAGAUCAGCAACCGGAUCGCGGACAAGGCCUUCUACCAGCAGCCCGAUGCUGACGUCAUCGGCUACGUGGCCUCCGAGGAGGCGUUCGUCAAGGAAUCCAAGGAGGAGACUCCAGGCACGGAAUGGGAGAAAGUGGCGCAGCUGUGCGACUUCAACCCCAAGAGCAGCAAGCAGUGCAAAGACGUGUCCCGGCUGCGCUCGGUGCUCCUGUCCCUCAAGCAGACGCCCUUGGCCCGCUAGAG